AUGUCUUUCUCAACACAUGAUGGCCCCGAUCGACAGCGCGUACCCAACUCGACCACACUUCCCGCACUUGCCAGCAGGGACAACCGUCGCAACCGGGCUCUGCCAAGCAGCGCAACAUGGACUUCCUCUGCCGCGGACCUAGCCUUGUACCCAGACACCGAUGUGGUCGAGAGCCGCGAGUUUUUUGUUCAAGAGUACAAUCGUCUGGCCAAAAAGCAUGGAAUCCGAGCUCUUGUUGUCGGGGAUUUUGAAGGACGACCAACGACACCUGCGGCCAUGUCAGAAAAGCGGAGGUGGUGGUCGCGAAUGUUUCGUUCACCUUCAUCUGGACAGCCGUCCAUUUCUCGACGACCAUCCAGGUCGAUCAAGCACAGGCGAAGUAUCAGCGAUCUUGCUCUAAAUAUGGUUGCGCAUAGGAGACCGGAACGCAGAAUCGUUGAUCUUCAGACGAUGGUCAGGCUCAGCGGCAAGAACUUCCUCUACUUGCCAGAGCCGUAUGCCCCGAGCUCUCUCAUGUUGCCGACUUGCUUCAGAGCAACGGCUCAAUAUCUGGUCCAGUAUGGACCGGAAACCCGCGGAAUCUUUCGUAUUCCAGGGUCAAUCCGUGGAGUCAAUACAAUCUUCGACUACUACUGCGACGAGAAGGCUGGUGAAGAAGUUACCAAUACGAUUCGCUGCGCGUCUCUCCCGACCCAUAUCAACGUCGGAAUACACGACAUAGCGUCAGCCUUCAAGAAGUUCCUCUCCGUUCUCCCUGGCGGUAUCCUGGGUACACUUUCGCUUUUCGAUGCACUGGUGGCCAUACAAUGCCAGCUUCGGGGUGAGCCCGAGCUAAGCAGAACGAAAGAGACGAAGCUUCGAGCCCGCCUCAUCGCGCUAGCAAUCGGUACUGUCAAAUCACAAUUCCAGCGAGAACUGAUAUGCGCCGUAUUUGGUCUGCUCUCUGUCAUCGGCCGUGCUGGGGAGACGGCAGCCCGCGAAGACGAGCGGGGUCAUCCUCUUCCCACGUCUGAUCUCAUGGGAUAUACCGCAUUAGGCAUCGUCUUUGGACCCCUGCUUGUUGGGAUCUAA